AUCCAUCAUGGCGGCCGGUUCUGCCAGCAUCAAACAUGGCGCCGUGCCGCCUUCGUGAUCGCGGCGUGCAUGCGUCACCGCCGGGGGCGCAGACGCACAGUGGGACGGCCUUUGAAUCUGAAAGCGCGGGAGCGGCGCGGCCUGGUCGUGGUCCUGGUCUUGGGGCUGAGCUGGGGCUGGGGAUGCGGGGCGCCGGCAGCGAGGGGUGCGCCGAGCGGCCGCCGGGCCUAUGGUUCAUCCGCAAGGUGUUCAGUUGGCGAGCAGCAGCUGCAAUUGCAUGGUCUGUCCUGUUGUUGCCUGUCUCCACAACUGUAUUUAUAAUGCUUAGCCAACUGAAUGUAUUCUGUCCUGUUCAGUGGAUUUCAGACACAUUGAACCACCUGAACAGUUCUUGCAUAAUGUUUUCAAUCCUGGUGUUGUGUGGAUCUGUAGUAGUUAUUGGAAUCUUUAAUAUGGAAUAUUAUACAGUGGAGCCAUCUAUUCCAUGCAGUCGGAUUGCACUGAUAGGGAAUGUCUUCCACCCUCAUCGGUUCAUUCAUUCGGUGGUACAUGCAGUGAUGGGGAUGCUGAUGGCAUGGUGCACAGCAGUCAUAGCUGGGGGGCGUUACCAGAUGAUCAGUGUGCCUUGCUCAUCUCGUGACAGUUCUGCAUCCAGUAGCCACAUGUGCCUCAAUGAGUUUCAUGUUUUCCUGCUGAUGGAAGGAGCAUUUAUAGGAUAUUGUUACAGUUUGCUCUACUUUGCUAACAACUUCAAUUAUUUGUCUUUUCCAACUAUGCAGCAAUUUAAGUACCUGCGUUUCAAAGCAAAUCUAUCAUUGGUCAUCAAGUAUAGUGCUGUGCAAUCUCUGUAUUUCCUCAGGAACUACUGCAUCCUUUACUAUUUUCUAGGUUAUGUGCCAAGAGCUUGGAUAAGUGCCUCAACAACCCUCCAAAAGGACAGCACACAGCAUUGUCUGGAUACCCUGACUGGCCUGUUUGAUUUGCCGCUGCUCUACACGACCUGGCUAAGUGGUACAUUUAUUUUGGUUACCUGGUACAUUACAUGGGUGCUCUUUAAAAUCUACAUCACAGAGGUGUUCCAAUUUUCUGUGCAGUCCAAUUUCGGAGAGGAAGCUGAUCAAUGCCUUCCUAAAGUCCUAACGACCAAUGUUUCCCGUUGUAUAAAGUAUCUUGCGUUGCAAGAUUUGGCUUUACUUUCCCAGUAUUCGCCCUGUCGAAGACAGGAGGUAUUCAGCCUUAGCCAUCCAGGUGGGCAUCCUCAUAAUUGGAUAGCCAUUUCGGGUGAAUGCUUAGCCUUGCUAAAUAACCUAACGCAAAAGCUGAUAGAAUAUCAGGAAGCUCUUGCUGCCAAUGGUCGAAUUAAACCAUAUCCUGUUCCCAGGGAAAGCCACCCGUCAAAUACAUCAGGAGCUACUUGCCUUGAAGAACCUUCCAGCUACCAGCCUUCCUUGAAGACACAAUUCUAUACUCGUUUUCCCCAGAGCCCUCUGGUUUCCCCAAUGAACAAAUCUUCAACCCCGUCCUUGAGGAGCCUCCUGAGUCUCCCCUUUACACCAGAUUUGAGCAGUCCCUUUGAAUCGCCUGCAGUGAACCGCUUAAAUGACUUCGGCUCUCCUUACUACGGCUCUGUACAGAGUUCUCAUUUAGUGAAGAGGAGACCAAAACUUUGGUCAUCCUCUUCUGGUUCCACGGAGUAUGUGGCAAACACAAGUCAAUUUGCUGGUCAGGCUGCAAAGGUUGACAGCAGAUCUCCUGAAGUAACCAAGCACAGUCCUAUUUCAGAAUGGAUACUUCAAAGACAAGAACAGGUCAAAACUUUUGUGUUGAAGCGGGGCCUGGUAAUGUAUUUAUUUAACAAGCUUCCUGAAGCUUCAAGUCAGGCCUUGUUUGCGAACAGUCAAGCACAUAUUUGGGCACUUGAAGCCAUUUCCCAUCUUGUGGUAGCUUCAUUUACAGAAGACCGAUAUGGUGUAGUGCAGACAACACUAUCAUCUAUUCUGUGUGCCAUGCUCUCUCUCCAGGAGGCUGUGGACAAACAUUUUAAACUACCUCAUGCAUCUAGCAAGCCAACAAGAUCUCCUGGUACUCUCGUAGAUUCUUCUUACAAGACUCUGAGAUUUGCCCUUCGCGCCACCCUGAAAACUGCAAUUUAUAGAAUAACUACCACCUUUGGAGACCAUUUAAAGGCUGUACAACUUUCGUCAGAACACAGAAAAAGGCUGCAGCAAUUUCUGGAAUACAAAGAAUGAAGUAAUUGAAAUCUUCCAGAGCCAAUGCUCACAAGGUCAAGACUAUAACACACUACCAGCAUUCUGUCUUUGUUCCAUAAGCUCCUUUUUAUAUUCUGGCAAGUGAGGGAUUUUUUUUUUUGAUUAAAAAUAUGAUGAAUAAUCCUAAGAUUUCCCUGUUCAUGGGAAGAGACUUCUCGACAUUUGGUAAUUUUGUACAUUUUUGCAGUAGAGAGUGUAUGUUUGUAAAGGACAACUGUUUUGUAUUUCUUUUGAAAUGCUGUUUGGAAUUUAGCAAGGUUAUACUUGAGGUUCUAAUAAUUUGAGGCUGCUGUAUCUAUUCAUAUCUCAAUAAAUGUGGUGUUGACAUUGAA